AUGUUUUUUACUCAAAUGACUUUAUUUGCCAGUUUAGCUACUUUUAUUGUGUCUAUUGUAUUUUUAUGGACAAAUAGAUUGUAUGUUAGCGGGGAGGAAGGCUAUGAUUUUUUCGAGUCAAUAAGUUAUGAGACAAAUCUUAACUCUAUUCAGAAAAAAUACACGUUUGGUAAAUCUUUUCCUCUUUUGUAUAAACACAAUAUAUCUCAAGUUAUUUCCACCUCAAAUGCUUUCGCUAUACGGAUCGCAACGAGUGAAAAGGAGAAUUUCGACUAUAUUAAAUCAUUGGAAAAAAGAAAAUAUAGCUCUGACGACGACUAUUUCAAAGUUUUAGAUCCACAUAAAAAAGCAGCGUAUUACGUUGUGUUCGGGCACGAAGACUCUGGAGGUCUAUUAAAAAAUUUGACUUUUUCACCAAAAAAACCAGAUUAUUUACUUCCAUUAGAGGACAAUGAAUUAAAUAAAAAUCAUAUUUUAAUUGCAAAUGAUGUAUGCGCUCAAAGUAAUAGUUUUUUAGCUCUUUAUGAAAAUGAGUUCUAUUGUUGGGGUGCUGAAACCGAAUGUCAGGGAUGGAAUCAAGUCAAAGGAAAAAAUAUGUUGAAUGAAAUAUUAAAAGUGUAUUGCCAUCGUUUAAGUCACGCAGCUUUUGUUUUACUUCGAAAUCCGCAUGAAGAUUAUAAUGGUUAUUUGUCACCAGUGGGAAGCAUCUUAAAAAAUAAUAAAUCGCUUGAUUUAUUUAAAACCGUGUCAGAGAAAAUUACUCCAGAAGGUAUUUUAUACGCAUCCACUUUAUCGGAAAGUGUAUUUUUACUACCUGGAAAACGUUUGCUAUUAAUGAAUUCAUCCUCACCUCUUUUUAAUAAAGAGAUUUAUGUAGAAAACAUUUAUACAUUCUACAAUUCAACUGUUAUAACGGAAAAGAAUGGUCAAGUUCAUUGGAUUUCCAAUAAAUCUUUUUCAAAAUCUAGAAGAUUGAAUGAAAAACAUUAUUCUUAUGAUGAUCCUGUUAUAGAUGUAGCUGGAGGAAACUCAGCUUUUGCGGUUUUAUAUAAAAAAGGUGGCGUAUAUAUGAUUCAUGCAAAUACAGACUUUAAUGAAGAAAGAGUUUCAAGUCCAACAUUUCUUGGUUUUGCUGAUGUCAAAGUAAUUAUUCUUAUUUUUUUUUUAUUUCAAAUUUUAAUGUAUUUCAAUGAAAAGAACAAGCUCCAAAACAAUAUCGUUCGAAUUAUAGCUAAUAAACAAGCAUUUUGCGCGGUCACAAACACAGGAUAUUUAACAACAUGGGGAAGUAUUCAAUAUGGAGGAAAUGUUUCUAAUUUUUCAGUUUGGCCUUCUGGUGAUACAAUCGAAGCUUAUUUACCCGUGGAGCCUUUUUUUGGAAGUGCUACAUGCUGUUCUUUUGCUUUUCGUACUCAGAUGGGUAAAUUACUUGUAUGGGGAAAUAACUUAAUGGGAGCUCGUUUUGAUGAAUUAGCUCAAACUCUUCUUGUUAAAGAUAUCCAGCCCUUGCAUAAUAGUUUUUAUGUCUUAACGGAUCUUGGAAGUUUAAUUUCCACGGGUUCUACCACUGUGAUCACUUCUUGGGAAGUUUCUGCCUCAAGCUCCAAUGCAUUCCUUCCUCGCCCUAUCCAAUAUCUUUUUCAUAAUGACUACUCUACCCUAGGGUUAAUGGGUCAUUUGUGUAAGGCUUCUGAUACUAGAAAAUGGUCUGAAUGCUCUACUAGGUGUGGUAAAGGAUUACAAGAACAACAUGUUGUCUUUCAAGACUAUCCUAUUAAUACACUAUGUCAAAUCGAAAGUGUUUCAGCCAUCAGAUCAUGUUUGUCAAAAAAAUGCGAUGAUACAAAUGAAACUUCUUCGUCUAUAUCAUUCAUUUCGUCGAACAAAAUGUUACUCAUUAUUAUUGUGAUAAUUUUAUGUGCUGCAAUAAUUUUUUUAUUUAUUUUUUGUUGUUUAAAACGUCGAUAUAGGAGAAUAAAUAUUCAUUUUUAAAUGUGUUUUUUUUAUACGACGGGAGGUGAUCCUAUUCAUAUAUCUCUAUGUAUUAGUGAAUACCAAACUUUAGUUCGCAAUGCAUGAAUGAAAAUAUUAUCAAAACCACAUGACAUUUAUCUUCUAUCACAACACCUUCUUAACAUCAUAACAUGCAAGAAGAAAAAUAUCUGGAAUGCUUCGAUGUAUUCAUUCUGUUUUGUAUUCUCUAAAUUUUUGUAGCAAACAGAGUCAUAACUUGAAUAUUUUUCUAAGUUGCCUUUACGUUGAAAAGCAAAGUUAAGGAAUUCAAAUACGUAAAGUUUUCUGUAAUGUCUGUUCAACGACAUUUUACCUGUUUUUUUUACUUACAUUAAACCUUAACGUUCUCGACUAUAUCACCGUAUGAAACGCAGACGUUUUCAUUCACAAAUAAGAUCCAACGCCUUAUAGCUUCGGUACGAUGCGUUUUUCUAUUCUAGCACCACGGACUAGGUUUGAAUUGCUGCCUAGUUUGUAAAGACACAGGAAAAAAAGCAGUAAAAAAAGGAUCUACUUAGUUGAGAUAAAAAAAUAGAAUAAAAUGAAAGCAUAUGAAUGUCAGCAUGAAUAAACAAUGCAAAGUAUAAUAAAGGGAAAUAAAUUCAGAUAUUGAUAU